UUUAUUGGUCAGUCAAAUGAAUACAUUUAAAAUAAUAUUCUAACAAAGAAAACCCCUUUAUUUCAAAGCCCAGAUUCAGAAAGAAAAGUAAUCACAGUCUGCACAUAGAAGGAUGCUGCCCAGCAUAGAACAGUUGAAGGUAAUCUGGCUGCAGUCAUUCACAAUUGCUCCACUCAUUCUGUUCUUAUUCUUCCUAUACAAAUGGCUUCACACAAAAUCUUCUCUCGGAAAAAGCCUACCUCCUUCUCCGCCAAGGGUUCCGAUUAUAGGCAACUUUCAUCAGCUAGGAGCUUACCCCUACCGCUCUCUCAAAUCACUAUCCGAAAGAUAUGGGGAGCUCAUGGUGAUUAAUCUGGGGAAAGCUCCAGUCCUUAUCGUCUCCUCUGCCAAAGCAGCUCACGAGAUCAUGAAAACCCAAGAUUCAACCUUUUGCAAUAGGCCAAUAUCAAAGCUUGGUAACAAGCUUCUCUACAAUGGCAGGGACGUGGCAGCAGCUCAGUAUGGUGAGUAUUGGAGGCAGAUGAAGAGUAUAUGUGUGCUUCAGCUCUUAAGUAACACAAGGGUGCGAUCUUUUCGACGUGUUAGGGAAGAAGAGAUGGCUCUUCUAAUUAAAAAGAUUGAGAACUCAUCAUCUUCAGUGGUGAAUUUGAGUGAGAUGUUUAUGACUUUAACAAAUGAUGUGAUAUGCAGGGUGGCCUUUGGAAGGAAAUAUAGUGAUAACAAAGGUCAAGAUAUUAACUUCAUGAAGCUCUUGAGGGAGUUUCUAGAGUUGCUAGGCCGUUUUAGAGUUGGAGAUUUUAUUCCAUGUUUGGCUUGGACUAAUUGGCUUGAUGGCUCGGAUGCAAAGGUGGACAAAGUUGUUAAAGAGUUUGAUAACUUUCUUGAGCAGGUUGUUAAAGAGCACCAGCACCAGGAUGGUCAAGGACACAGCAGAAAGGGUGAAGAGAGCAAAAAUGAUGAGAUGGCUAAGGACUUUGUAGAUGUUUUACUUGAUGUUCAGAAAGAAAAGAAAGCUGGGUUCGCCAUUGACAGAGAUAGCAUCAAAGCUCUAAUACUGGAUAUAUUUUCUGGUGGUACUGAUACAACAUACACAGUCCUAGAAUGGGCAAUGACAGAGCUAUUAAGGCAUCCCUUAAAAAUGAGGAAUCUACAAAGAGAAGUCAGAGGAAUUACCGGAGAGAAAUUAUAUGUGAAUGAAGAUGACUUGGAGCAGAUGAAGUACUUGAAAGCAGUGAUCAAGGAGACCCUUCGCCUACAUCCUCCGAUUCCCUUGCUGGUUCCAAGAAAAUCAAUACAUGACACCAAAAUCAAUGGUUACGAUAUUCCAGCAGGUAUCACAGUUAUAACCAAUGCCUGGGCAAUCCACAGAGAUCCCGCUUCCUGGGAUGAACCUGAAAGGUUCAAUCCUGAGAGGUUCAUAAAUUCUUCUACAGACUUCAAAGGGCAAGACUUCGAAUUAAUUCCAUUCGGAUCAGGAAGAAGGAUCUGCCCAGGAAUCACAUUUGCUAUUGCUAAUAAUGAGCUUGUAUUAGCAAACCUCAUGCAUAAGUUCGACUGGAUGCUGCCCGGUGGAGCAGACGGUGAGACUUUAGAUAUGACUGAAUGCAUUGGCCUAACCGCCCAUCGGGAGAUUCCUUUACUUGCUAUAGCAUCACCCACAACUGCAGGUAACUGAAGGUCUUACUGGUGCUUUACUUGCAAAAAUAAAACAGCAAUACCUAGCAACUCGAAAAUGCUUCAUGGGUUAUGCACUUCUAACACAAUCCUAUGCUCUAUGUUUGUCUCUCUUUCGUCGUCUUUUCAUUACAAUGUAUCAUACGAAUCAAAAACCCAGAAAUAUCAUAAAUUCAACUAAGUUGUCACA